UAGGUAUUUCGCGUGUGCGAGAAGCAACUCUCCGUUCGCGAACAUUUUAAUGGGGAAAUCCAAAGGGAAGACUGUAGAUGCAGGCGAAAUAUUUGAUAUUUCCGACUUGCUCAGUGAGUCUGGCUUUAGUGUCGAUACGAAUUUCUCGACAGAAGGCUCAGUGACCAGCGAAUUACCUUCCUCAGCAAGCGCGAAAGUUCAAACGAGUGAUAUUCAGGAUGCCAUUGACAAACUGUCGGAAUACAGAAGCUUAAAUGCUGAGCAGAAAAAGGAAUUACUUCGUGAUUCGUUGAGAAUUUGUUCACACAAACUUGUUCAUGAUAGCGUUGAAGCUAUUACAUCUGCUGUCCUUUCUAUAUUAAAACAAGGCCGGUCAAAAGAGGAAAUUAUCUACUGUUGUAAACUCUUAAACAUCAUAUCUGUCUAUUCUUCUGCAGAUAUUGGUGAAUUAUGGUCUUUUGCUGAAGAUGUUUUGGUACGACAUGUUAACGAGAGUUCUUCUACGGAAGUUGUCUGCGCAUGUCUUAUGUCCUACACUCUUUUGACGUUAUUACUCGACACAGAAGACGAUUCGGUGUUCGUAUUAGAAUUCUUACAAGGAAUUAUAGACUCUGACGGAGCGGUUGUUUGCGCUGAAGACGUUGCGGUGGUUGUUCAAUCUGCUUGUUUCUGUUGUGGACUAUUAAUAACCACAAUAACGUCUGCAUUGGAAACACUACAAGAAGUUGUGGAGACGCUGCAGGAACAAUUGUCGUCUUCUGAACCAGGUGUGCAAAUAGCAGCGGCGGAAUCAAUUGCCAUGGCAUACGAAAAAUACGGAAACAUGCUUGAUUUAACAGAAAGGGCCAGUAAUCCACUUGUACGUCGUAAAGACGCAUUAAUUAGAGUACUUGUUGAAGUCACCAGAGAGUCUUCAAAAACCAUAUCCAAGGGACACAAAAAACAACUUCACAAAACUGCUCGUGAAGCCCUUGUUACUGUUGAAUCGGACGGCGCUGACUGUUCUCUCAAAGAAAAAAUAAAGCUUGCUGGAAAAGUUGUCAUCGUUGAUUCUUGGGAAAAGCUGUUCCACCUUCAAAGAUAUCGUUACAUUUUUGGUUCAGGAUUAGGUCUUUAUUUUUCUGGCUUUUCUUUUGUCCGUCAAAGUCUUGGCGCAAAAACAACGUCAGCAUCACUUUUAACAGAUGAUGUCGAUGAGUUUGAUACACCAAUUGAACAUCAAUCAAUUGACCAGUUUGAUCGUCGUACACUUGAACGAACCCGUGAUAAGCGACGACGUGAAGAACAGCGUUUAAAAAAGGCAUUCAUGACCAGUGAGGAUUAUUAGAUCACGAAGCUGGAAGGUCUGUCGAAAGCGCACUUAAAAGUCUUUUUGGAAAUUUAGAAAGUGAUGCAUAUAUAAGUUAGGCAUCUAAAAAGAAGUGUAAAUUGGGUUUACAGAUUCUUUUGUUGUACUUUAUCUGUAUUUAAGUGUAAUCAAAUUUUUUGAGUGUCGACACAACAUUAUCGAUGAAUGCGUAGUUAGUUAUGUAUUUAGCCAUACCAAGACGUAGAGUUUUCCUCCAACUCUUUAGGAGGUGGCCG